ACACCGUUUCGCCAGUCAGCGAAACUCAAAGUUUCGCGUUUUAUCUAGUGCCAACAAAUUACAGUUACACUGAUUUAUAACUCACAGUAAAUUUAGACCUGAAGUGGAAAUAACUUGAUAACUGUACUUAAUUAUUAAUAAAAUUACAUACUAAACAAUGUCUGCUGAACCAGAAAAGACAAGCAAGCCAAAGAAUUAUAGAGUUAUUCUAAAAUCUCGCCCAGAAUAAAGAAUUUUGGAGAUCUUAACCCAUCCUUGUAUGACAACCUUUCCCUCCCAGUUAUCAUCUGAGUAGCUUUCCUCUGAACCAUUUCUGACAUUUCAGUGUUCUUCCUCAGGUGCCAAUGAAACACCAAAAGAAGAAAAUUUUAGUGUGGUUUGUUGUCCAUAUCCUGAUGAUGAACUAGAAGAGGAAACUGUGUUGGUAAAAUCCCUGUAUAUUUCUGUAGAUCCUGCCAUGCGUUGUAGAAUGAAUGAAGAUACAGGAGUUCAUUAUAUACAUCCAUGGAAUUUGGGUCAGUGUGUGGAAGGGUUUGGUGGAGUAGGAAAAGUGGAGAAAAGUAAUAGUAAAAGAUUUCAAGAAGGUGAUAUUGUCACAAUGGGACUCAACUGGAUGUGGCAGACAUACUUUGUUUCUGAAGCUGCAGCCUUAGAGAAGGUAGAUAGAACAGUUGUGGGAGACCAUGUUUCACUGGUUCUUAGUUGCUUUGGACUAACAGGCCUGACUGCUUUGCUUGGAAUUUGGGUGAAAGGUCAUAUUAAGCCAAGUUGUAAUCAGACUGUUGUUGUAAGUGGAGCUGCAGGUGCAACAGGCUCUCUUGCUGGACAGAUUGCCAAAAUUGAGGGAUGUAAACAGGUUGUAGGUAUUUGUGGUUCUGAUGAAAAAUGCCACUUUCUCCUGAAAGAACUUAGCUUUGAUGUAUCAGUUAAUUAUAAAACAGAAAGUGUUGAAGAGAGACUGAAAAAGACUUGUCCAGAUGGCAUAGAUGUGUAUUUUGAUAACGUUGGUGGUGAACUUAGUGAUACUGUCAUCAAGCAGAUGGCAGAAAAUAGUCACAUCAUCUUGUGUGGACAGAUUUCUCAGUACAAUCAAGAUGUUCCCUAUCCACCUCCAAUCUCUCCUGAAAUUACAAAGAUUUUACAAGAAAGGAAGAUAACCAGAGAAAGAUUCCUUGUACUCAACUAUCCAGAGAUGUAUGAAGAAGCUCUAAAGCAACUUGUUGAAUGGUUAAGAAGUGGGAAAUUAAAGGUGAAAGAAACAGUAGAACAUGGAUUAGAAAAUACACCACGUGCCUUUAUCUCAAUGAUGAAUGGCGGUAACAUUGGCAAACAACUAGUGUGUGUUUCAGUUCCAUGACUGUCUCCAGCAGCUAUAUUGCCUUGUGGAUAUUUCAAAACUACAACAAUCAUUUAUAAUCUUUAAUUAGCUA